AUGAAACGGCCGAUGCGCACCAUUGCCCUUGAGCCCAACUUCGUUAAAAUCAGUUACAGGUCUUUCGUUUGCGGAGGACUAGCCGGCACCCUUGUCUUACACGAAAAAGGAUGGCUAGGACACAAGGAAACCGUUCUGCACUCAGGGGAGGGGCCGAUAGGGCAAGUUAGAUGGAGAGGAAGGUUGAUCGCUUGGGCAAACGAUUUGGGUGUCAAGAUCUAUGACACGGUGUCACAGACGCGUAUUACAUUCAUCGAUAGGCCGGCCGACAGCCCGCGCGCGGACCUUUUCAAGUGCACCCUCCAUUGGCAGGACGACUCGACACUCAUAAUCGCCUGGGCAGACUACAUCAAAGUCGCUCGCGUCCGCGCUCGUCCUCCUACAAAUGAAGCUUCCUCCAAAGCUGGCCUUCCUCCCCUCAUCGUUGAAAUUACCGCUGCGCUUCAACUGGAAUGUAUGAUAUCCGGCAUCGUACCGCACGAAGUUCUACAGAUGGCACCGAACCCCUUGGCAGAAUUAGGGACAGAGAAACUCACCGUGCACAUAUCCAUGUCGUUAACAUCUUUCCUCAUCUUGGCAUACACUCCGCCGGACACGGCCUUCACGGAAGAAAUGACAGAGGAUCGAGCGCAGCAGGCAAAGAAAGCUGCCGAACGCCCCCGAACUCCAGAUCAUCUCUCGCACCGGGGAAGAGUUAGCUACGGAUGCCCUUACUACACAGCAAACCCCGCAGCCGAUGCUGGAAUAGGCGAGAGUUACGUGGUAAUGAGCCCGAAGGACAUAGUCUUGGUCAAGCCGAGGGAUAGGCGUGACCAUGUUGCUUGGUUAGUUGAGCGGAAGAGAUACGAAGAGGCGCUAGAAGCCGUCGAGCAGAUCGAGGCCAGCGGUGAAGCUAUUGCCGACAAGGGGGAGGACAAGGUUACUACAUCCUCGAUCGGGCAGAGGUACAUUGAACAUCUGAUGCACGAAGGCGAAUUCACGAAAGCCGCAAAGUGCAGCGCUGGGAAAACUGGAUCCUCCUCUUCGCAGACAAGGAGGAACUCCAGGCACGUGUCACCGGCGGAUAAUGGUCGUUUGCUCGUGUCAUUCCCUCAGGCCGUGAUCCCAUAUGUACCUACAGACUCGCCCCGAUUGAGUCACCUAGUGUAUGAAAUGAUGCUAGCGUAUUUUAUCAGCACGACAGACAGGGAUUGGCCGAAAGAUAUCUACAACCUCACCGCCGUAAUUGUUGCUAUUCACUCGGAACUCGACUCUUCAGCUAGUACUUCCACUUUUAAAUCGUCGACACAAGAGACGACGCUGCUAAUGGAGUGUUUGGCUGAGCUAUACACGGCUAACCGUCAACCCGGCAAAGCGCUCCCUUUCUACUUGCGCCUGCGAUGGCCCAAUGUCUUCGACCUCAUUAGGGAACACAAUCUCUCCACUGAUAUUGGCAGAGUCGUACAGCAGCUCCAAAGUCGCCCUUUCUAUCUCUUUUUGUAUCUCGACGCCCUGUUUGAGAAGGACCCUUAUCUCACCACCGACUUUGCUGACAUUCAGGUCAAGCUGUACGCUGAAUACGCAAUUUCUCGACUUAUCGACUUCCUGCGGGCAAGCAAUUACUACAACCUAGAGAAUAUACGACAAACCUUCAAGGCGUAUAAUAUCUGCAAAGACCGCGACUUGGUCACGGAGAUGGUCUUCCUUCUGGGUCGCAUGGGCAAUAACAAACAAGCCUUGACGCUCAUAAUUGAACGGUUAGGCGACGUCGAUAGGGCCAUCGACUUUGCGAAAGAACAAGCGGAUGAUGAUCUAUGGGAGGACCUCUUGAAAUAUUCUGAAACGCGCCCAACUUUCAUUCGUGGCCUACUUGAGAACGUCGGCGCGGAAAUCGACCCCAUUCGCCUAAUACGGCGCAUAAAGAAUGGGUUGGAGAUCCCUGGUCUCAAAGAUGCUUUGAUCAAGAUCUUGCACGACUUCCAUUUGCAGAUCUCGUUGCUGGAGGGCUGUCAAACGAUUUUGAAUGGGGACAGCUCGGAUUUAGCGGGGAAGCUGCACAGAUACUAG